AUGACGAUGAUGGAGGACUUGUCUGGGUGCAUUAGGUCACAAAUUCUUGGUCGUCUCCCCACUCAAGAAGCCAUUCUUGCUUCUCAGAUUUCUUCAGCCUGGCGUAAUCUGUGGAAAACUUGUCAAAGCUUGAACUUCAAUUACGGAAACCACGGGAACAAUUUUGAUUUUAAUGCUUUCAUUAGAAACUGUCUUCAUCAGCACCAAGGGUAUAUUCACGAAUUGAAUCUCACCAUCAAUUCAAGAAUUACGUCGGAAGAUCUCUCCUCCUACUUUAACCAUAUACGUCUGCAAAAGCUCAGCAUCGAAAGCCCAAGAAGAGGCAACCGCGUGCUCAUCCCUGAAGCCGUUUAUUUGUGUAAAGAUCUCCGCUUUCUGAAAUUGAAAGGUAGGAUAGCAGUCAAGAAAGCGGAGAUCUUUACACAAAUAAACGGCUUCAGGGAUGAGCACGCGGUUGCCUCUUCUUGGGCUUUCGAUGCUGAGCUUUUGCAGACGUAUAUGGUUAAAGUAGGAGGAGAGAUCUUCCGACGUAAUUCUUGA